CUUUACAAACUCUCUUUCAACAAAUUACACACUCAAAAAAAGGUUUAUUUAGCUUCUCCUUCUAUUUCUCUACUUCUUCUGGCGCCAUUUUGCAGAACCAAAGAAAAGCUUUCUUUCAAAGACCUCUUCUCCCUCUCUCUCUCUCUAGAACUGUCUUUGUCUUUAUUCCCAUUUUUAGUGAGAAAAAAAUUCCUCGGUAUGGAAGAGAAGGAGAUUUUGGCAUCUGGGUCGCCGGCAGUUAACUCGGUCACCCAGUCGACGCCGGUGCACGGCGGCGGCGGGGGUAGUGGUGGGUUGCUGCCACAGGGCGUGAACAUGGCUGCUGUCAACAUGAGAAUGGAGAGAAGCGUAGGAGUCACCCCAGGCGGCGAUGGUGGUGGUGGUGGUGGUGGUGAUUUGGUGGGAAAGAAGAAGAGAGGGAGGCCGAGGAAGUAUGACUCAGAUGGUAAUUUGAGACUAUCAUGUGUGUCACCACCACCAGCACAAGCACCACCACCACCAGGUUUUUGUUUAUCACUUCCUGCUGCUUCUUCUGAGUUCUCUUCCAAAAGAGGCCGUGGACGCCCAUCUGGUUCUGGUAACUGGCAGUUGCUUGCUUCUUUAGGUGAGUUGUUCACGAACACGGCCGGAGGGGACUUCACACCACAUGUUGUGACUGUAAAUUCAGGAGAGGAUGUUGCUGCAAAGAUUCUUUCAUUUUCGCAAAAGGGUCCCCUAGGAAUUUGCGUCCUCUCUGCCAAUGGAGCUGUUUCUAAUGUUACUAUUCGCCAGCCCGGUUCCUCUGGCGGCCUCUUGACAUAUGAGGGCCGCUUUGAGAUACUGUCCCUAACAGGGUCAUUUACAGUCUCUGAAAAUGGCGGUGUGAGAAGUAGGACUGGCGGAUUAAGUGUCUCGCUGGCAGGUCCCGAUGGUCGUGUUAUUGGUGGUGGCAUUGCUGGUUUAUUAAUGGCUGCUAGCCCAAUCCAAAUUGUGGUGGGGAGCUUCAUGCCAAAUGGUUACAAGGUACACAAAAGAAAGCACAAUUAUGAACCUAGAAUCACUUCUAUUACCCCGAGUGCCCUAGAUACCGUGACAGCAGCAACACCAAUCUCUCAAGCAGCACCAGCUGGCGACACGUGGCUGACUCCAACGUCUCAAUUACCGCUACAACAAAGCCAUGGAGAAGCAGAUAAAAGCACAAGCAAUAAACAGAACAUGAAUGCCACAUCAAUGGACAGCGCUGAGUGGAAUGGCUCAGAACCCACAUCUGAUCAGAGACCAUAUCCAGACAUCAAUGUGUCUGUGCUAAUAGAAUAGUUAUGAAGAUUGUGGUGGGGAGCUUCAUGCCAAACAGUUACAAGGUACACAAAAGAAAGCACACAAGAGAUAAACAGAACAUGAAUGCCACUUCAACUGACAGCGCUGAAUGGAAAAACAUGUCCGAUCAGAGGCCAUCUCUGGACAUCAACGCGUCUGCAAGGAGAAUAGUGACAAACAUAAGGUUGUGUUCUUUUGUUCACU